AUGACGUCACCAUUUCUUAUGGACAACCUUCUUAACACAAAAUUUGAACAUUCACAACGAAAUGGUGGUUCGCCUGGUAGUGAGAAUGCGGGACCUCGGAAACUGUUGGACAGAGAUUCAAGAGGUCUUCUUUCAUGUCCCAUUCCACCGAAGAUUCCUCCAGCAGCAUCGUAUUACAAUGGUAACACAUCACCAGGAACUCUCAAUGAAAUGUUAUCUGCCAAACAGCAUCAACAAAACCAACUGGAACCAGCUGGUGGGUUGCUGAGCCCCCACCAAGAGGCUCUGGGGCCCACGGCUACGGCCUCCUUGACGCUGGGGAUCACAGCAUCUUAUUCAAUAGUUGCCCAAGACCCCCACGGUCUUCCAGCGACGCUGCCGGCCACAGCGAGGCACAACCCGCCGGCCAUUGUCACGUGCUCGUGCGGGGGUUCCGACGACUGCUGCGCCUCAAAACGCGAGAUCGGACACUCGUUGUCGAGGAACGACAACACGUCCCUGAAGGCGAGCCUCAAGCAGGAUUCGACGUCUUCGCAAGCAAAACCAAUCCUCAAAUUUAGUGUCAGCGCCAUUUUGGGAGCCGACACAGUGAAAUCGCCGCCUUGUACAGAUUCCCUUCUCCAUGGGAGCGCGCCUCCCCUGUUCGGAUAUGCUGGCAUUGGAUCGGGGUCCAACAUAGCCAAGCCGAUACCACGGCCGGCUGCUGCAAUGUUCAAUCCACACCUACAUACACUGCUGGCGUGCCGACAUCCGUACCUGACAGUUUCUACGCCAAACACCGGAGGAUCUGGGGGUCCCGGAGGAAGCUCCGGUGCUCCGACCGCGGUGUUCCCUCUUCCUGGAACGUUCCCGUGGGCCAACAGUUCGCGUGGGAAACCUCGCAGGGGGAUGAUGCGCCGAGCCGUGUUCUCGGACCUGCAGAGGAAAGGACUAGAGAAGCGAUUUCAGAUACAAAAGUACAUCUCGAAGCCGGACCGCAAGAAGCUGGCGGAGAAGCUGGGGCUCAAGGACUCUCAGGUGAAGAUAUGGUUCCAAAACCGUCGCAUGAAAUGGCGGAAUUCAAAAGAGCGUGAGCUGUUGGCCAGCGGGGGUUCACGGGAACAAACUCUGCCCAACAAAAACAACCCAAACCCUGAUUUAAGUGAUGCAGAAGGCGACAGACCAAAGAUUGACCUCUCGGACCUUUCGCCUCUAACCUCGCCAGAACUGCCACCUCACCACGGGCCACACAAACUUGGGCAACAUGAUGAUGACGUCAUUAUGGAUCACGACGACCAGUUGCUGAUGCUGGACACUUCGCCGGACGAGAAGCAGUUGUUGCGCCAUCAUGAUCAAGACUUGGACGAGGACUCCGGUGGGGAAGACGAGGAAGAAGACGAAGAGGAAAUUAAUGUCACGUGACAAGAAGAAUGAGUUCACAAGAAGAUGACGAUAACAAAAUGGCGGCGAAGUCGCAUGCCAAGAUGGCAGAAUGGCUUCAUUCUAUAAAGAUGUGAAUUUGAAGGGUGGCGGGUUGCUAUGGAUGCUAGGAGUAAUGCCGUGAACUCGAGACCGAGAACAACUGAGUUAAACAGUUGUUCAGCGAAGUGGUUGCGCCUCUCAAAUGAAGUUCUAAGCCUCCAUUCCUGUUAAAUUAAUUGAUUACCGCAAAGAAACUAGGCAAGUUAGCGGGGAAGCUGGCAGUUGCGCAAUAAGAACUAAAGCACUCAAGAUUUGCGUUGGUGUCCAUACUGCAUCAAACUGACAGUCGCGCUUUCCGGCUGCAUGGUGUUGGACAAUGUAACGUAUUGUUAGCGAUGAGAAUCUAACUGGUAUAAAUACACGGUAAUAAAUAAUGUGAUAACAUUAACAUAAAUGUUUAUUAACAAUUAAUAAUACUACUGGCUGCACACAACAUUCUUAAUAUUACAUCGCACGAACGUUCGAGCGGAAACAUCUCGCAACAUCGCAGUCCUAAAAUUCUGUCUCUCUUUGCGCGACGAACUGUCUGCCCUUCACUAGCCGUUUCAUUUGAUUCCACCUUCAUCCCCACCAGAAGCGGAGCAGUAAUUUUGACUGUGUUGGCCGCGUUUUGCACGGCUAACACAGUUAACGUAUCCACUCCGGCUCUGAUCUCUACCACCUUUCACCGACAUCAGGUCUAGUAAUUCGCUAAUUUCGCUUGAAAUUCAAAACUAUUCUACAAAAUGCGAUUUUCUAAAUUCAGGUUUAUACCCCUAUGGCUGACAAAGAAUUUCAUCGAAGUUUAGUUAUGUGAACAAGCAGCAUGCUGUCAAGUCCAACUUCAAUUAUUUUAAGUUGAUGGGCCGAGACGUGACACCCACAAGCAUCGGGCUGAGCCUGACAUAUAUCUGGAAUUCAACAAUCAAUAAUUAGAGGUUGGCUGUCUUCUGGGUUGUUGCGCCGUGUAGGUUGGUACAAGUUUACCGACGUUUCAGAAAUCAUUGCUGCCUUCACAAUCAAGGCGAUCGCCCUGAUGAUGGAGGCAGCAAGGACCUCUGACACGUUGAUAAACUUCUACCUGACUACACGAUGUAACAAUCCACAAGACAGCCAUCUUCAGACUCACCGACGCGAAAACCUCAAAUCCUACACAGUCAAUAAUUAGGUAUUUCAUCCACAAAGUGAAAGCAAUUCUUAGAAUAAGAAGCGAUUGUUUUCCCAACAACUUACAGAGUUAGUACAGCGGUGAAGUUCUAGACCUGUAUUCCGGAGGUAACCGGUUCGAAUCACGGCUCUAUUACCGGCUAUUCUGUGGAUUCUCGUGAUUCUCACCAGUUACUCCAGUGAAUUCCGGACAAAUUUCUUUGAGUAAGUCACGACUGUUUUCUUUCAUUGCCUUGCCUACAUACAAGUGGCAAUAUCUUCACAUUUCAUUUGAUGCUAUAAGAUCUCUGUACUUGAAAAAAUGAACUCCUUAAAUAAUGUACGAAUAAAUCAGUUUGGACUUCUUUGUCCUCAAAAUAAUUUUAUGGAAUUUCUUUCAAAUACAAACGUUUAGACUGACUGAAGUAGGUAAUACAGUGGAACUGCUUACUACGUAUAUAUAGCGCAAAGCUAUGACAUUCAAUAAAUACCGAUCACUUACCAGUGCCUGUUAAAAGUAGAUUAUAAAAUGUUGUAACGUGUCUUACUCGCAUUCAGGAAGUACGAGGUUUAAAUUUCGGCGAGAAAACAAUUAAAACUGACUCCUUCUGGAGUGCACUUUAGUAGACGGUCACUACCAGUUCCUCCCAGAUCCCUCCCGGUUCAUACCACAAUAGACAAGUCGUUUCCACAGCUUCAUGAAACUAUUUAUAUAAUAGUGUAAUAAAAUGUUUUCAUUCUCUAACGUUCAAAGAUAACAAGCAUCACUUUAUUGGGAAAUAAUUCGGUCAGAGUCCUAGACGGGGCUAUGGGUAUUAUGAAUAAAUUUAAACAGUUUUCCUCAAUCUUUACAAGAGAAUUCCGAGAGAGUACCUUGAAACAUAAUUCGACUGCCGCCUCCUAAAUCAUUACAUUCCUACAAUUAAUAAUUAUAAUUGUAAACAUUUGCAGUUUAAUUUGCGUCGUUAAACAGGGUCAGAAUAAAUCAUUGGACAUGUACUCCAAAAACGGGCGUAAGUAACGAUAAACAAAAAUCUCACUGGAAUGAGUUUUUCCCAUGAACACAUAUAAAUGGAAUGUCCAAUAAAAUUCACUUUGCUGCAUUAAUGCUUUAUCCUAUAGGCCUACACAAAGCUUAAUAAGAUUAUUAGAACAGGCCUAUAUAUUAAAUAUAGAUUGACAGAUGGUAAUGAUCCGUGUAUCACUUAGUACACUUAUCGUGUACUUCAGACAACCUAUCAAA